CACAUUGAGUUGGGAGUGCUGAAAGAUAGCAUUAAAAUGAGGUUUAAGAUCAAAAGACAGCAGCCCUCCCCCCUUCACAUUUCUCUUACAUACCCACUCUUUGACACACACACAUACACACAAAGCAAGGAAGGAGGGUGUCCAAUAAGAGCUGUCAGUGAUUGAAUGCUUCCAAAUUGGUCAAUUAUCUCACUUUAAAUGGAUUAAUCCAAUCAUUAGCCAAUUACUUUAAGUGCUUGAAUGUACUUCAAAAAAAAAAAAGAAAAAGCAGAAAAAAAAGGAAAGAAAGAAAGAAAAGGCUCAGGAACGUGGACGGGGGCACCUCCGUGGCAAGCUUUUCUUCCCCGCAGAAAUAAAUUUCUGGGAACCUGGAAGAAGACCUGGAAGGACAAAGGGGGCAGGGAAGGAGUGGGACCUGUGGCCCCCAGAUGUUCCUAGAGCCAAAAGGGAAGCAUGUCAGGAAUGGAUGAUUGGCGCCAUUGGGAGAACUACACAUUUCUCACCUCUGUUUUAGGUGGGGUUUUUUUUUUACCAUUUUUGUUUUAAUGUGUGGCUGGUGUUUGAGAGCCUUCUGAAACCAGUUGUGACUGAGGAUAGGCAGAGACUAGUACAUGCAAGGGACAUCGUACUUGGGUGUUCCUCUGCUUAACAUCUGCUUGACACGUCACCAGGACUUCCCUGUUUGGCCAAUGGAGACCUCUGAUGGUCUUGAUGGGAGAGGAGGCCCCUUGUUUCAUGAAACCUUGUUUUUUUUUUAACCACCCCAGGCAGUGUCUUCCUCUAACUUUGGCCAUGGAGAACAUCAACAGCAGCAAAGUAGACACCCCCACCAACAUCUCCUUGGGGAUUGGCGGUCUCCCAUUCAGCAUCUUUGAAUACAAGACCAUCUCAGUCUUCCUGGUGCUUGCCAUAUGUGGAAUUGGCAUUAUUGGCAAUGCCAUGGUAGUCACCAUUGUUCUGACCACCCGUGACAUGAGGACUCCGACCAACUGCUACUUGGUUAGUUUGGCUGUGGCUGAUCUGAUCGUUCUAGUGGCUGCUGGCCUGCCCAACAUCUCUGACAGCCUGGCAGGAACAUGGAUCUAUGGCUUUGCUGGGUGCCUUGGCAUUACCUACUUUCAGUACCUGGGCAUCAAUGCAUCCUCCUGGUCUAUUACAGCUUUCACUGUAGAAAGAUAUAUUGCCAUCUGCCACCCAAUGAAGGCACAGACAAUGUGCACUGUGUCUCGGGCCAAGCGCAUCAUGGCAUUUGUUUGGAUACUCACUUCAGUGUACUGCAUGCUCUGGUUCUUCCUGGUGGAUGUGUCUGCUAACAACAGCCAGCAGCUGGAGUGUGGCUAUAAGGUCUCCCGCAACCUUUACCUGCCCAUCUACCUGCUGGACUUUGCCCUCUUCUUCAUCACACCUCUGCUGCUCACCACUGUGCUCUAUGGCCUCAUUGGAAAAGUCCUCCUCCAGAGUCAUGCCCUGCACCACACCGCUGGCCUCAGUGAACACUGGCGAGAACGAAGCAACCAGGAGAAAAACGGCACCGAGGUUGGCCAGAGCAGAGCUGGCAGUUCAAGAGCCAGAGUGCCAGUCUCUUCCAGGAAACAGGUCACCAAGAUGUUGGCUGUGGUGGUGGCCCUCUUCGCCCUACUCUGGAUGCCCUACAGGACUCUGGUUUUGGUGAACUCCUUUGUGGAGCACCCCUACCUGGACCGCUGGUUUGUCCUCUUCUGCAGGAUCUGCAUCUACACCAACAGUGCCAUCAACCCCAUCAUCUACAACCUCAUGUCCCAGAAGUUCCGUCUGGCCUUCAAGAAGCUUUGCAAGUAUAGCGAGGAGGAACUUCAGCAGCAGCGUAGCUUUCACACAGCCUCUGGCAAUGAGAGCUCCAGGAAAGUUGGCCCCAUCGGCCAGCAGGCCAACCACAAAGCGGGGAGACUGGCUGGGACCAUCGGAGCAGAGGCUGAACAACAAACCCUGAGCCAGAAAGAGGAGAUGCAGUUCAGCCUGCUUUGA